CAACAGCUGGAGGUGGGAGGGGAAAAUAAAUGGCAGCCAAACAAAGUGUUUAGAAGACGAGGUCAGUUUAGUUUUGCUAAAACUCGCAAUGGCUUAACCGAAAACUGAGGGAAUCGCACAACAACAAGGUCACAUAGGCACAUGAAGACCAAUAUUCCAGGAUGAACGACUUAGAGCAACAGCAAGAUGAGCUUGAAGCACUCACCAGUAUUUACAUGGAAGAUGAGUUUGCUCUAAACAAAGCUAAGCCUGGCGGUGUAUUCUUCACAAAUCUCGACUUGCCCCCGAACUUCCAAGUAAUUUACCGUCUUUUGAGCAACAAAUAUAAACCUGCCGCACCUCCCGGUGGCUCCCAGGUGCGGGCAGACGAGAAUGUUGCCACCGAGGACAACUUAAAAUUUGAAUCAUUCCAUGUGAAGCACUUGCCACCUAUUGAACUAUCUUUUGAGCUACCUGACAACUAUCCAUCCCAGCAAAAGCCCGACUUCAUUUUGUCAUGCAAAUGGUUGACCAGAGGACAGCUCAGUAAACUGUGUGCUCAUUUGGAUCAUCUAUGGGAGGAGCAAGUUGGGCUUGAAAUUUUGUACGUCUGGACACAAUUUCUGAAAGAGGAGUCCCUCAAAUUUCUAGACAUUACGUCUAGUCUAAACAUCAGCCAAAUUUACUCAAGACAGAUCACAAGUUUGGAGCAGAAGAGAAGAAAGCAACUUGCCUUAAAGCAGCCGCAAGUGUGGAAGAAGAGAGAGGAGCGUAUCAAGGUUGAAGGAGAGCGCAGGAAGGAAGUAAAGCUACCAGACGAAAGGGCGGUGCUAGAUUUGCACCCGAGCGAAUUUAUUGUUGCCGUUCUGCAGAAGUAUGACGAGGAGAAGAGUGAGGCUGUUUUCAAGAAGAGCAAUCAGACAUGCAAUGUUUGUUUCUCUUCUAAAUUUGGACAAGACUGCAUCAGAUUCGAGAAAUGUGGCCACAUAUUUUGCAAGGAUUGCAUUCGUGGCUACUUCGAAGUGCAAAUUAAGGAUGGGCAAGUGAAAUCUCUCAAGUGCCUUGAGGACAAAUGUGACGUUGAAGCUCUUCCGUCUCAAGUGAGGCAGGUUCUUAGUGAGGAAACGUUUGCAAAGUACGAUGCUGCCCUGUUAGCCGCAACUCUGGACACUAUGAUGGACAUCAUCUACUGCCCACGGAAGUCAUGUCAGUACCCAGUUAGUGUAGAGCAAGGAGAAACAAUGGGGAGGUGUCCCAGUUGCCAGUAUGUCUUUUGCAUUUAUUGCAAGAUGGCCUUUCAUGGGCUUGAGCCGUGCCGACUCAAAUCUGAUGAGCAACAGAGACUGAUCAAGGAGUACACAGAAGGAACCGUAGAAGAAAAGACCGCACUGGAAUUGCGCUAUGGCCGUAGACAGCUUCAACGUCUAGUGGACAAUGCAUUGUCGGAAGAGUGGGUCACUGGCAACAGUCAAAAGUGUCCCCACUGCAAUGUCUCCAUUGAGAAAUCAUCGGGAUGCAACAAAAUGACUUGUUGGCGAUGCAACUCAUAUUUCUGCUGGAUUUGCCAAAAUGAGUUGGACCCUCGAGCUCCGUAUCGCCACUUCAACGACCGCAACUCAAGCUGCUUCAACCGUUUGUUCGAAGGCAUCGCAAAUGACGAAGAUGACUUCUUUGCGGAUUUAGAUAUCCUGUGAGUACCCUGCAAAGUAGUUUAGAUUCGCCUUCUCUACCAACCUAAACAAUCAUCAUAGUGCCCAUUCUCACACAACAAACUGGUUAUAAAAUAUUUCCAAACAUGACGAGGCAUCUCAAUUACAAAUUUUUAACACAUGCCAAUCAAAAUGGAGCAUCCAAUUGCAUAAUUCAUUAAAUGUGUCUUGUCUAUUAUGAACUUUAAAUUUAUAAGGUUUCCCAAAAAUUCCAAAUUUUUUUAUGUUUGACUUUUUAUUAACAAUUGCUUUUUGUUCUUAGAAAUGAAAAUUAUAGGGGCAACUGUUUAUUGCAAAUAGCUUAAGUAAAAUUUGCUUUUCCCUUUUGUUGUUGUUUAAAAUUUUGUCUUUUUUAGUUAUUUCUGAAGCAACAUUGGGUAAUUUUCACAAUUUUGUUUAAUACUAACUAUUUCACAAUGAUAUUUAAAAUAACGAGACGCAGAAAAACCAUAGCUUGUCCAUAUCUGUCAAGCCACUGUUAUAUUAUAAUAUCAAAUUCCUCAACGUAGCGUAAACAAAAAAGCAAUAAUAUGUAAGCUGGCAUGUCAGUGCUUGAAUCUGUGGCUUCGACCACGGUGGAAGCGGUUUUAACACACAAUGCUAUUUUCGUAUCUUGCAAAUUGGAUGAAACAUUUUUCAAUACUUGUAAAUUUUUUCUACUCUUUGGAAAUUAUUUAAAUCAAAUUUAAAGAACGCUAUUUUCAUAAUGUGAUACUAAUUUUAACGUCAUACAAUGUUUUAAAAGUGGACACUCCGUAAUGAAAGUCCAUAGUAAAGUUGAACGAUUAGGGCUGCACGGUUUUUCGGGUUGAAUAUUUUUAAAAUAUCAGGAUGUUUUGAGACAUGCGUAAUUAUAUUAUACACAAGCAUCACUUAUACUAUAGGGCUUAUCCAAGUUGAUUUGUGAAACAUAUAAUGCAAAUAUGCGCGACUUUACGGCGCUUGUUUGACCAUGAAAAAUGAAUAAAAAAACACGUUGGGUGGCAUCAAA